AUUGUCUCGUAAGUCCUAUGGUCACACCUUGUAAACAAAGCGAAAGAAAAAAUGUUUAGCAGUGCAGUCAGCAGCGUUUAAUUAAAAGUACCACAGACGGGAAUGCUGAAUGUGUUUCGCCAGCAGCAUAAUCGAAGCGCAUAAGAAGUUAUUUAUAGCGCCGCCGGAGCAUUCAAAUCAGAACGCGACGACCCCGCCCACGCAAUCGACUCGUGGGAGCAAGAUGUCGAGGGGCAAGUCGCGACUCCAGACGGAGGUGUGCGGGGAUUGCGGGGCCAGUGAUCCCUCUUGGGCCAGCAUCAACCGAGGCAUCCUUCUCUGCGCCGACUGCUGCUCCGUUCACCGCAGCCUGGGAAGGCACAUCUCCAUAGUGAAGUCCCUACGCCAGGGUAACUGGGAACCGUCUGUGUUGAAUUUUGUCAACUCCCUGAACGCCCAUGGUGCAAAUAGCGUGUGGGAACAUCAUCUUCUGGACGGCAGCUCCAACUCAUCGGGCGGAAAGCACUUGCCCCGCUGGCGCAAGCCCUCUCCCAAAGAUGCCCUGCACCCCACCAAGUCGGACUUCAUCAAGGCCAAGCACGUCAAUCUAUCGUUCGUCUUGAAGCCCAGUCUUCAGGACGACGACGAUGCCGGUGGUAAUGGUGGCAAUCUGGAGCAGGAGCUGAGCAGGCAGCUCCAUGCCAGCGUGCGUACAAGCAAUCUGGAGACAUCGUUGCGCCUCGUGGUGCAGGGCGCCGAUCCCAACUAUUACCACGAGGACAAGCUGUCGACGCCACUGCACAUGGCCGCCAAGUUUGGCCAGGCCUCGCAGAUCGAGAUGCUGCUGAUCUAUGGGGCCGAUGUGAACGCCUUGGAUGGCAAUGGCAUGACUCCCUUGGAGUUGGCCAGGGCCAACAACCAUAAUACCAUAGCGGAGCGUCUGCUGGAUGCCAUGUAUGAUGUCACGGACAGAAUCAUUAUGUUCUUGGGCGGCAAGAAGCCAGACCAUGCAAGUGGCCGCCACUUGACCAUACCAGAUGCCAGUGGAGCCGACAUCAGUGAACAGCUGAAAAUAGCUCGUGGAAAGUUGCAACUUGUUCCAAACAAGAUGUUCGAGGAGCUGGUAAUGGAUCUGUACGACGAAGUUGACCGACGAGAGUGCGAAGCCAUCUGGUCAACGAGCACCUUGAAUGCUGAUCAUGCAACUGUGCCAUUUCUUCCGGCUAACCCCUUUUUGAGCGCAACGCGCAAUCAGGGCCGCCAGAAACUGGCACGCUUCAAUCGCGCCGAGUUUGCCGGUCUGCUGACCGACGUGCUUGUGGAUGCCAUGCGGCGUCAGAACAUGGCCAACUUGCGUCCACUGGACGCCCCGCUGGCGGGCGGCAAUCAACUGCCUUCGCUGCAAUCGCUACCAUACGUAAACAAUUCGCUGUUCGAGCAGGGCGGCCACGAUCCGAAUCUGUCGGACGAUGAACCCAUCUACGACCCGGUGGCCAGCGAUGAUGACUAUGCACCAGUGCCGCCAAUGGCCCAGCAGGCUGUUGUGCACACGCCACCUCGCAGUGCCAACUCGCAGAAUGAAAUGGAAACACUGCGGAAACAACUCAGCUCAGCUCAGUCCGAGAUAAGCCAACUGAAGAACGUGGUCCAAAAGCUGUCCAGCGAGAACUCCCUGCUCAAGUCCAAGUUCUCCAGCGCCUCCAACAACAGCGUCUACGAUGAGCCACUUCGCAUUGAUCUGAGCUUGAGCAGUCCGGAAACUGAGCACGAGCCCCUAUCGCUACCCGAAGGUGGCACUACCAACAAGGAGAGCGGCUCAUCCAAUGGCUCGUCCAACCAGUCGACUAUCAAACGGCCAGCCAGCAUGUACGAACGCAGGCUGGCACCAGUCGUGGCCAAGGGCCAGACAGAUGUCCGGAACACCACGAGCAUGUACCAAAUGGCGGGCGAUGGCAAGCCCUUCGGAGAGGAGGUGAAGGUGCGAUCCGACUUGGUCACUCGCUGCCUCAAGGAACUCAUUCGGGCCAUGCAGCCAGUGCCAGAGGAUCAGAAGCAAUCGAUUGCUCCACAUGGCGAACUCAUACGCAGCGCCGUAACUGACUUAAUUGCUCUCUAUGCCAACUUGCCCCCCAAUGCUAGCGAGACCACACGAGAAACCCUGAAGCAGCUCACCCGCCAAAACAUAAUGAUCCAGCACGAGUGCGAGAGCUUGCAGAAGGCCAUCGAGGCGGACGACAAGCAGGCCAUCCAGAAAAACACCUUGGAGGUGCGCGACUGCGCCUUCCACAUCGCCAGUGCCAUAAAGACCUUGGUGUUGCAGUUCUACUGAAGAGGACAAACAAUCUAGAAGCUUACCCCUUGACUCCCUCAUUAAAGUAUUAACCAACCGACUUAGUGCCCCCGUCUGACUAACACAGUGCUUCCGCCGAAAGAAACAAUUCUUAAAUGUCCCGUUACAUAUAGUUUAUGUAUUUUAAUAAAUGUUUACAUAAAACAAUGUACUUCGUUCAAUA